CAGCAAAGCCAUAAAUAAGGUUUUACCAAUUACUUUUUAAAAUCAACCUGCAGGCAUAAAAUAAGGGCACCACUAUUUGACUUCCAGCCAAAACAAUCAGUGCAGAAUACAUACCGGCAAUGGGGACAGAAAAUGUUACACUGGUAGCUUUCUGCCAACUGGACAGAUAGCAUUUUAACAGACCCCCAAAUCCAGCCCAAUUAGCCAAUGUUUCUGCAACAGUCUAUAUAGACUUUCUAAUGACAUUGCAUGCUGUUCUAGUCUUUGUAAGGUUCAUUGGUGAUCUGUUCAAUUAAUAUGUUCACUCCCCAAACAGAUUUGAUAGAUUUUUUUUACUUCCUGUUAGGACUCAAGAGCCAUUCCUACUCUAAAGAAACCUGCCAAAAGUUCCCAAUUUCCAAAAAGAAACAAAAGAUGAUGCUAAUCUGUACCAUUUCCUUACUGCCCCGUGAGGUUCCUUGAAGAAGAAAAAAAAACAAUUGUUUUGCAAGAAGCCAUCAAACUCUAUCAUCCUGUACUGUUUACCUCUACCUGUAAUGUGCAUCCUUCUUUUUUGGUUUCACCGGCCUUAUUUCCUCUUCCCACGUGUGCACACACCGUCAUCAGGCUGGAAUGUUUCCAAGGACAACAGGUUGUCUGUCCAACUCCACCCUGCUAGAGAAUGUACCUGCCUGGGCAAAGGUCAGUGACUGUUGUAAGCCUAUCAGAUGAAGCAUCUGGUGUUAGACGGAGGAGGGAGGUGGAAUUAGCACCUGUUACUUGAUAGGCAUACGCAGGCAGAGAGUGAAGAAGGCAAGUUUCAAUGUUAUCUUUGGACCAUACUCUAAAAACUGACCCUUAAGCAACCACAAUGGAAGAAGAAUAUGGCACAAGGAUCCUAGGAAACCCAAGAACACGGCCCAGGAAAAGAUUCUGGCAACAGCAUCUUCGGUGAUUAAUCAGCUGUAGAGAACCAGUUGGUGACAAGAGGCAGAUGCUGAUGAGGGACCAUGUGAGACUGGAACAGUGAAAGAAGCUUUCUUAUUGUGUGGGAUCUCUGCUUCAAUCAUCAGCUUUUGCUAGUACAAGACGCAAAUGCUACUAAAAUGAAGACUUGUACCAAGAGCCUAAGAAUUGGUGCAUGACAUGAAUAGUCUUAUGCCAAAGAAGAGCCAACCUGUUGAAGACAUAGCUAAGACUGCAACACCUAUGAGUAGAAUUCUUGAAAGGCAAGGAAUCACUGACCCAGCAUCCUGGAACUAAGAUGUCAUAACAAGAGCACACUGAAGAUAACUGGCAGGAUCUGGGCGUGCUCAGAAGGGAGCUGGAAAAACGCUGAAGCAGGUUUCAGCCUCAGCCUCAGCCAGAGGAGUCUUCCAUUUCUGCUGUUAAAUUCUCAACCAUUUCCUCCCAAAAAGGAAAAAAUAAAUGUGAUUUGGAUAGGAACCAAAUAAAGGUUCAUUGCCUCUAUCCCUGGGAAAAUGUGACAAGCACCCACCCUCCUCCUUGCUGCCAUCCUCCAGAUCAGCUGAAAGCACAGUUCCUGUGGCCCAUUGAUGCUGUGUAUGAGCCGGUUCAGCAUCCACCAUGGCAGAAAUGGAGCACCUGAAUGAACCCAGGCUCCCAGCUCAUGCCAGCCGCAUCCAGAGGAACAUCCUGGAGGAACAUGUGGAGCUAUGGUGGUUCCAGGAGCCCAAGAAGUCCCUUAUUUGCUACGGAGUAGCAGUGGCCUUGAUCCUGGCCUGUGGGGUGGGUGGUAUUGCCCUACUGUACAGUACUAGCAGUCGCUCUGGAGAGUGGAGGCUGGCAGUGGGCACAACACUCUGUCUGCUGGCACUCUUGGUAUUACUGAAGCAGCUGUUGAGCUCUGCCAUCCAGGACAUGAACUGCAUUCGCAGACGGGAACAGGUGGAGUUGCUGAAGAGCGGUGGCUCCUCGGACUGCGCCGUGCUUCUGCUGACAGCCUUGGUGCUGCUGGUGUGUGGCACAGUGCUCACAGCCCUCUCUACCACCAGUGUCAGCACUAACCCCACAACCCCACGCCCCUUUGCCAGCAUGUUUAUCAGUGGCAUUGUGCUCACAGCUGCUGGAGCAAUUAUUCUCUUCAGCCUGUUGUUCUAUUUAACAUGGACUUCCUGCCGCACAGCAACUCGUCAAAACCAGGGGGCUCAAAACAACAGUGCCAUUUUCACUGUAUCAGGACAUAUUUCGGCCAGUCAGCAAUUUCCUCCUACCUCCAGCAUGGCAAACUUAAUUUAGCCAUCAAGGACAUAAUGGGUGACUACCAUUGACUCUGAGAUUACUCUGACUUUACGGUUGGAUUUGCUCUACAUGUCGUCUGACCCAAACUCAGCAAUGUGAUGAACUUUUCACCACAGAGCAGUUAUUCUCAGUCAGUAAUGAGGCCUAGCUUCUUGGUAAGAUGUUUGCUUUGGAGCACCGGGAGAUUCAAAAGAAGUGUAAAUGAAGGAAAACAAAUGGCCAUCACUCUCAACUGGGACUGUGGUUAUCCUAAGUAACUAAGGCAACUUGAAAACGCAGAUAAGCAUCUCUCUCUCUCUCUCUCUCUCUCAGCGAUUCCACUGAAAAUCUAUUUCAAUCUAACGUUGUUUUCUGAGGCAUUACUAUACCACUUUUUUCCAGGUGAUCACAAGGGGAUAGCAAUAAGUUAUAUUUGUAUGUUUCUUUUUGCUAUCUUCUAGCAAUCCCAAAUUUUGUAACCCAGAGAUGGCAAUUCUGCCACUUGCCAUUAUUAUUUAUUUACUAUUUAUUAAAUUUAUUGGACGUCUACCUUACCACAGACUAAUGGUACUUGACAGAAAAUAGAGGAUAGGAAUAAUAUUUUCCAGUCUUAAGAUUUUGGUGUUCUCCAGUUUGUAAACAAGAUAAAGUCACCCAGUCACUGGGAGUCAGGUGGCAUGUAAAUUUCAUGAAUGUUUAUUAGUAGUAUUAUAAAAGAAAGUUUACAGGAGAAGCAUUCUGUGUGAAUCAAUUCAUACAAUAUAUAUGGAAAACAAAAGUGGUAUAGAUAUGCUGGUGUAUGAAGAAAUAAUAUUUCGUUUAGCUAUAUAAUGGAAGUCCCUAGGUCUGAUUAUUUCAAGAAACAUCUUGCUCCUGACAAAGAGCAAAAUAGAUGUACUGCAGAUGAGGAGUUUUGUAAUAAACAUCUGUUCUUUCCUGCAAUGCCAGCUUUCUCAGCAGUAAAAUAGCAAAGUCAGUACAGUUUACUUACAUUGUUCUCUACAAGUAGUCCUCAACUUACAACAAUUCAUUUAGUGACUGUUCAAAGUUAUAACAGCACUGAAAAC